AACAAAAAUGAUAACUGGAAGUAUCCUCCUAUUAAUAAAACAAGGAAAGUGAUGACAUUCCCCUCUCUAUAUAUACCCCUUUCUACUAAAUUCUCCUCUAUCUCGUUCAUCAGCUUGUUCUUUUUCGAUCACAAAAAAGCCAAAAGAUUCCUGGAUAUUUCAGCGAGAUGCAACAACAGGAAAAAACCGAAGGGUCAGGAAUCUCUCCUAGCUUCAGUUGUUACUCUUCUGAUAGUUUAACAUCCAUAGCAGUCGCCAAAGUCAUCGGUGAAGAACAGGCAAAAGAUCAUGAGUUCUCGUUUGUUUUAAGCGAUGAGGAUGUUUCAACCGAGGAAAACGAAUCACAAGGACGGACAGUUUUUCCUGUUUUCAAUCGAGAUCUACUGAUGAAAGAUGAGAACGAUCAUGAGCCUAAAGCGAAGGAAAAUGAGCUUCAUGUUUCUUCUUCUAUUACUGGUUCGUUACAGAAGCUGUUUAUAGAAGAACGAGAGGAAUCUUCUUUGUAUUCAUCAUGGGAAGAGGAGGAAUCCGAAAGUCAACAUUCUAAAACAUACUGCGUACUGUGGAGGACUAAGGGCGACUGUGGAUCGCCACCUCGCAUGAAUAAAUGUAAGAAGAGUAGUUCCACCGGAUCAGGAUCCAAGAGAUGGAGUAUUCGGUGUUUGCUUCGGCGGAGCAACAGCGAGGGUAAAGAACCGAUGGUGUUGUUGACUCCUAAGAAGGUUGACAGUCAAAAACAAAAACGGAAUUCCGGUGUGGUUUCAAAGGUCGCAGGGCGACUGAAGGUGCAAACUCCUGUACAUGAACUGUUUUACGUGAGAAGAAGAGCUGAAAAUGAAGUGGUUACGAGGAAGUCGUAUCUACCCUACAGGCAAGAUCUGGUAGGGUUCUUUUCAAAUGUCAACGGAAUUCGGAAAAUGCUGCCAUUUUAAAUAUAAUCAAACCCUUUUUUUGUUAAAA